AUGUUGAGUCUUGACGUUGAACAAGUUAUUUUUUGGACCGAUUCCGAAAUAACUUUGCAUUGGAUAAAAACACAUCCAUCUACGCUUACAACUUUUGUAGCAAAUCGAGUGUCCGACAUCCAAGAGUGGACACAAAAAGUAUCAUGGAGACAUGUACCAACAAAACAAAAUCCAGCGGACAUUCUGUCAAGAGGCUGUAAUGUUGAAGAAAUCAAUGCGUCAAUAUGGUUCAAAGGUCCACAGUUCUUAUUGAACGAACAAUCAUCGUGGCCGGUCAAUUCGCAUUUUGAGUUGUCUCCAGAAGAUGAAGCCUUGUAA